AGUGGGGCGGGGCGGGAGCAGAUGCGGGUUGUGAAGGGACGGGGUGGGGCCGGUGGCAGAGCAGUACGGAACCGUCGGGAUGGAGGUUGUCAGGCGUUCUCUCUGUCCUGCGGCUCUGCUCUGUGCUUGGCUCCUGCUCGGCUCCGGCUGGGGCUUGGGGCCCCCCGGGAUCGGUGCUGCCUACGUGCUGGAUGAUGCCGGCGGGCUGGGCAGGGAGUUCGACGGGAUCGGGGCGAUCAGCGGCGGUGGGGCCACAUCCAGACUCCUUGUGAAUUACCAAGAACCGUAUCGCUCCCAGAUCUUAGAUUAUCUGUUCAAGCCAAAUUUUGGUGCUUCUUUACACAUCCUCAAAGUAGAGAUUGGUGGUGAUGGACAAUCAACAGAUGGCACAGAGCCCUCCCAUAUGCACUAUGAAAAUGAUGAGAACUACUUCCGAGGUUAUGAAUGGUGGCUGAUGAAAGAGGCUAAAAAGAGGAACCCCCAAAUUAAACUGAUUGGAUUACCCUGGACAUUUCCGUCAUGGAUAGGGAAGGGUGAAAACUGGCCCUAUGAUUAUCCACAUGUCACUGUUUACUAUAUUAUUUCUUGGAUAUUAGGAGCUAAACGGUAUCAUGAUCUGGAUAUUGAUUAUAUUGGGAUAUGGAAUGAAAGGGCAUUUAACAGCAAAUAUAUCAAGCUGUUGAGGUACACACUGGAUAAGAAUGGUCUGCAGCAGGUGAGGAUCAUAGCCAGCGAUAGACUGUGGGAGCCCAUUUCCUUUGUCUUGCUGAUUGACUCUGAGCUCCACGAAGUGGUCGAUGUCAUUGGGGCUCACUAUCCUGGGACCAAAACAGUGCCAAAUGCCUUACUGACUCAGAAGAAACUGUGGGCUUCGGAAGAUUAUAGUACUUUCAACGAUGAAGUAGGUGCAGGCUGUUGGGCCCGGAUCCUAAACCAAAACUACGUGAAUGGAAACAUGACUUCAACUAUUGCGUGGAACUUAGUGGCAAGUUAUUAUGAAGAAUUGCCCUUUGGUCGAUGUGGUUUGAUGACUGCACAAGAACCAUGGAGUGGCCACUAUAAAGUAGAAGCACCUAUUUGGAUUACAGCGCACACAACACAAUUUACUCAACCAGGAUGGUCAUACUUGCAAGUGGAUGGACACUUAGAAGGAGGUGGAAGCUUUGUAGCUCUGACAGACGGCCUAGGAAACCUUACAAUAAUAAUUGAAACUAUGACACAUAAUCACUCUAAAUGUAUCAGACCUCCACUACCUCACUUCCGAGUUUCACCUCAGCGAGCAACUUUCUACCUCAGAGGGUCUUUUUAUUUCCUGAAAACUCUUCAGGUGUGGCACUCUAGGCUUAGUUUUGAAUCUGCAAACUCUAGUCUUUUUGAGCAACUUCAUCCUGUAAAGGUCUGGAGGGGAAGUUUUUCUUUAGACCUAGAUGUAGAUGAAGUCUAUACUUUAACUACACUUAAGACAGGACGGAAGUGUAGCUGCCCAGAGCCUCCACCACCUCAACCCUUUCCUUCAAAUUACAAAGAUGACUUCAAUAUUCGUAAUCCACCUUUCAGUGAAGCUCCAAAUUUUGCAGAUCAGACGGGUGUAUUUGAGUACUUCGUAAAUGGCUCUGACCCAGGAGAUCAUGUUUUCACACUCCGACAGGUGGUGAUUCAGCGACCCAUUACUUGGGUUUCUGAUGCAGACCAGACAAUCAGCAUUAUAGGAAACUUUCAGUGGGUAAAUCUGACAGUCACUUGUGACAUCUACAUAGAAAGACCACUUGAUGGGGGUGUGUUCAUUGCUGGAAGAGUAGACAACGGUGGGAUAUAUGUUCGUCGUACCAAAGGAGUUUUUUUCUGGGUUUAUGCAGAUGGCACCUACAGAGUCACUAGUGACCUAGCUGGAGAAGAAAUAUUAAUGAAAGGGCUUUCUGGUGUCCGACAUAAUGCUUGGCACACACUUACUCUCAACAUCCAGGGCACUUCUGCCUCAGGACUGCUAAAUGGUUAUCCACUCUGGGAGAACGUCACCAUUUCUCAACCAAGUAAUGGCUGGGCUGCUAUUGGAACUCGCUCGUUUGAGUUUGCACAGUUUGACAACUUCCAUGUUGAAGCUAGAUGAGGUAGCUUUUGCAUUUGAAGAAUGUCGUCAUACUUUGAAGAGCCAGCUCAAACUUUUGGGACAGCUGAACACUGACGUUGAUCUGUUGGCAAAGAAUCUGAAUUCUCACCCUAUUAUUAUUUUAAAUGUUUACAUUACUAGCUACCAAUGUGAGUAAUUUUCAUCCCCUGGUUGCUAUGGAAUUUUUACUCUUAGAAUUCUGGGGGUUAAAUUUCAGUUCAAGGUAACGAUGAAAACAAAAUCAUAGAUCUGAUUAUUUUUGAAUAAAAGGAUCUUAACUUCCCAUCUCAUUUUCAAGCCGAAUUUGAAAGUUAAUGGAAGAUAAAGGCCUCUCAAGCUGCAUUUUUAACACUAACAUGACUGUGUCCGUUCCUUUCACUAUAAGAAUUAAAUACUAAUAAGCCUAAUGAAUAGUGGCCCCAUGCAGUUGUGCUAUAAUCACUUUCAGAUUUCAUUUGGAUGAAGAACCUAUUUUUUCCUGUAUUAAGGAAAAGAAAAAAUGUUUUGUCUAUUUAUGCUACAGUCUGAGGCUAAACAUUACAGUGCUUAAGGUGUGUUUGAUUACUACUUCCAACUUAUCGCUAGCCUUAAAAAUAUUUCUUUUAAGCAGAAGGGAAAUCUCUUACGGGUGAUCAGGCAAUGCAGGAUGUGCCUUAAGUUUCAACUACCUCCUUUUUCUAAAGAAAGGGUUGAAAUAGAUUAAAAGAUUAAUAAUCAGUUAAUUAUUUAUAGCGUUUAUGGAAUGGUGUUAUUUGUUUUUUGGUUUUUUGGGUUUUUUUUUUUUUUUUUUUUGCAUUGUACAAGAAUAAAAACUGAGUCCUGGGUCCUUAAUUUAUGCCAGGCUAUGUGGGGAAAAAACUGGCUUUUUGUUCCUAGAAGUUUGAGCAUCCAUCUCUCAUUUGUGAUGGAUCUAAAACUUUGAGCAGAAAUUAAAGUAUAUCAAAAUGUUACUCAGAUGAUUGUAGUACAGAGAAGGUAUGGGUACUAUCAUGUCCUUGCAUAAAAGGUAAUGAAAAAAUAUAUAUCUUAAUACCUACAGUCUAGUCAUAAGGUGACAGCAGAUGGAUACAAAUGGAAUUGCUUAGUGUAUCAGACUGCACUAUUGUCCUGCAGUAUGCCUACUCCUAGGCUGCAUGGAGUAAAGUUCAGAUUGAAUUUUGGAUCCUUCAGAAAGAAGGGAUUCCCUUUUGUUGCUACUUCACUGUUUUUUGAAGUUACUGUGCUAUCAAAAAAAUACAUAUAUAUAUCAUCCAGACUAUAGUGAGAUAGCAAAUGCUAUCUUCAUCAGUUGAUUUCUGAAUUUUUCUUUUGGUCAUUUUGAAUGAAAAUGAUGUCUGUUCCAUAACAAAACAUUUCCCAUGUCUGCAUCCUGUUUAACUAGCGAUCAAGUAGUUCUGGAGGUGUGACGGGGCACGAAUAUUUGUAUGAGGUUCUCUGUAGCAUACAAUAUCUCAUCUUUGAGAAACAGAUUUGCAAUAUACUUCAACUUAUACUAAAUGUUAUUCUGAUCCAUUUUAUUUUGAAAGCUAAUUUCAGUAAGCACUGACUUUGAUCUUUGAUGUUUUUCAGCUAAGGUAGAGUUAAUGCAAUACCAAUUAUUACUAGACAUUUUUUAAGAAGGUUAUCUUCCAAAUCAGGUUUUGGAGAGAUCUCAAUUUCCUAAGUAGAGAUGAGUGUUUUCUUUCUUUCAACAAUUAUACUGAUACCACUAUUAAUUGGUUAUGAAUCAUUCAUAAGUGCAGAUUUCACACAAGCAGUAACCUUGAAGAAUGGUCUAAAUGACUAAACUUUAAAACUCUGGAGGACUUUCUCUAGAGGACUUUCAAAUAUUAACAGUUUAUUUAACUGGGUAAAAAAUGAAAGCCAGUUUUCCACUUGAGUUUCAUUUUGAUAGUUAAAGUGUGGGUGCAAAUCUUUUCAUUAUUUGCUUGAUUUCUGAAGGGACAUCACUGGGAUCCAGAUGUGAAGGAAUUUAACUUAAGGUCCUUAUAUUCAAGUAAUAUGAAUACAGAAGAAUAAGUUCUCAGAAUAAACUUGUUUCAGCUGUGAUGGUUUUUCCUAGUAGCACGUUUCUUGAAGGGUUCAUGUUAGCUUGUGUGGGCUGCAAGCAGUGUUGUAUAAGAGAGAUUAGCAAGGAUGCAGUUUAUCCAAAGGAGUUGUCCAGUUGGUUUUUUUUACUACCCUUUAAUGCACUAGUCUAAUAAACUACUGUCAUAUUGUGUACUAAGCACAAUGUCACUGAAAAUAUUGAUUUUUUUUCUAAUCUUAACUUAUUAAUGUUAGAGGAUUAAACUGUUUUAUGAAGAGAAUAAGCGAUCUAAUAGUGAUAUAAUGUUGUUCAUUCUUAUGUGUGUAAUUCUUCACCCUUCAGCAGGCUGUAAUAUCCUUGCCAGUAACAAACUGUCAGGUCUUUCACUGAGGGGUGGAUUUAUGUUGUUGAUUAUAAAUACUAAUCAUUCCAAAUGGACAAAUAAAACAUUUUAAACCCC